AUGGGACAUAAGAAUGGAAAAGAUCCGCCUGAUGUUAUGAAACUUAAGCCGUUAUUUACACAGACAUCAGAUAGUUCAUCUAAAGACAAUAAUACCAUCAAUAUACAGCUAUCAUAUAAACCAAAGUGUCUGAUUACUGGGAAGGAGGCUGUGUCAGCCAUUAACAGAUCACGAACACCAGGAUGUAAACAAGAGAUUGCAGAUAUCUACUGCCUUUCUCAGGAGGGUAAACUUUACCCUGACAGUCUGCCUAAUAGCUGUCCACAUAAAGGUAUGUACAGCAAAGGCCAUUAUCUGGGCUGUUUCCGUGACAACAUGCAAAUUCGUGACAUGAGGUUUCACAAGGAAUUUCCAGAGGAUAAUACACCUACCAAAUGUAUAAAUCUGUGUAUCCUUUUAGGUUUUACAUAUGCUGGUCUACAGUACAGUAAAGAGUGUUGGUGUGGGAAUUCUUAUGGAGCACAUAAAAUGGAGGAAGAAGAAAGAUGUAGCAGUCGUUGUCCAGGCAACACUGUACAGAAAUGUGGUGGAUUCCUCGCUAAUAGUAUAUAUAGCACAGGUCUUAAAGGUAGGUGUCAUACAGGUGAUACAUCCUUAGUAUCAGAAGAUGCAGAAUUAGAAAUGAAAGACGAAAUGGUGAAAAUUGUUUUUGUUUUCACUGUGAAUGGGCGAGCUGUUCGUCAAGUCCGUAGACUGCUGAAGGCCAUAUAUCAUCCCAAUCAUUAUUAUUACAUACAUGUUGAUAAGAGGCAGGAGUUCUUAUUUCGGGAGUUACUUCCCCUUGAAAAACAGUUUUCAAACAUUCACCUGGCACGUACACGGUUUGCAACAAUAUGGGGAGGAGCAAGUCUUCUACAGGCUCACCUCCAUUUUUUGCAAGAAUUGCUUGCAAUGAAAGAUUGGAAGUGGGAAUAUUACCUCAACCUGAGUGAGAGUGACUACCCUUUAAAGCGUUUGAAGACGUUAGAGCUUUUCCUAACCAAAUACAGAGGUUAUACCUUUCUAAAAUCUCAUGGCAGGGAAACAAUGCGGUUUAUACAAAAGCAGGGAUUGGAGAACACAUUUUUUGAAUGCGAAAACCACUUAUGGAGAGUGGCACAAAGAGCAUUUCCCACUGGCUUCCGUCUGGAUGGAGGUAGUGACUGGGUGACCCUACAUCGCGAUUUCUGUAGCUACGUCUCACAAUCAGAUUCUGAGUUGGUGUCUGGUCUCAAGCAAGUGUUCAAGUACACACUACUGCCAGUAGAGUCAUUCUUUCACACACUUAUACACAACAGCCCUUUCUGUGACAAAUUAGUCGACAACAACCUACACAUGACCAACUGGCGUCGACGACAGGGCUGUAAGUGUCAGUAUAAACACAUAGUGGACUGGUGUGGCUGUUCCCCUAAUGACCUCAAGUCCAACGACUUUGACAGACUCCUGGCCAAUGAGCAUAAGCCUACAUUCUUUUCAAGGAAGUUUGAAGCCAUUGUCAAUCAGGAUAUCAUCAACAGUUUGGAUCUCUACCUCUUUGGAAGAAAAAUGAGUGACCAUUACUGGCAGAAUGAAUACCAUCAUCUGGACUAUGAUACCAAGAAAAAGGAUGAACACCAUUCUUUUUAUAGGUCUUUCCUUCGACGAGCAGCUAGUGACCUUGAACUUCAAGCUCAAUGUCGAAUUAUUCCACAAAAACUAUUAGAGGUACACCUCCUCUACAUCCGUGACCAUUUUAGUGGAGUUCUAACUCUCUAUGAGGCUAUGGAUGAAAACACCAGAAAUACUGUAACCAUAGAAACACAUGUACAAUGGGUGAAAAAAUAUGCUGUAAUUAAACCUAUGGGGCCAAUUGGAAGGCUAAUGAGUCUUGAGGUUGGAACUGACUUCGACUUGAAAGAAUUGAUAUUUAGAAAUUACGCCCAGCUUUUAGGACCCUACAGUGACCUUGUCUUGCGACAUGUUUGGGGUCAAGGUUCAGAAUUCACAGUCUCAGUGGCAUGGAUAGAUCCUGCCAAUGUUGUAGCGGCAUCGUACGAAGUGACAGUACCAAAAUCUAGUGUGGAGUAUAUAGGUAACCACAAACCACAACUAUCAGUGCCACUGCGACCUGGUGUAUGGACUGUUAAACUGAUGCACCGUUGGAAUGUUGUUGCAGAGACAAAAUUUCUAGUAAUUCCACUCACUAUGAUGAAUGGCCAACCAAUCAACAUGGUGGAGGCAGAAUUAUCUCAUGGGGGACCAAAAGAAUUCUAUGCAUCUAAGGACUUUUCAGAAUUCAAGAAUGUCUUGAAAAUUAAUACUUCAAACAUAUUUUUAAAUGAAGCAAUAUCUAAUAGUAAAAAGACAGGGGCAGCUUUAGAAUCUUGGAUCGAUAGUUUAACAGAGGAUUUUUGGUCAAUACAAUCCACCUGCUCAGUUAAUGCAGAACACUGUCCUCAAAUUGACCUCUGUGACACAACUUCUUGGAGUUCAAGGUCACCUGAUCCCAAAUCUGAAAUCCGGGGCAUUGAUAAACGAACAGGACAAUUGAUCAGCUGA